AUGCUCGGCAUCAUUGCUGCCGUCUCUCAAACAGGGAUGAAUGCCAUGCAAGGCUCCACGCCCUUUUCUGGGGUGGCUACCGGCUUCAGAAACAGGAUCGCUGCGUUGAGUCCGAUGAAAUCGCUUUCCGAUCAAGAGUAUGAGGAACUGCUCCUUGACAAGCUCCUGAAAGUCGACGUCGAGAUUGCCGUCUUGGACGACCAAAUAUCCGAUCUUCGAGCGGCCAAAGAGCAGCACUCGCCGGCUUCGCAACGAUCGCCUAGAGACGGUGCUAGCUGA